AUGAUUCCCGGACGAUCAUUGUUAAUCCUUUCAGCAAUGCUAGCAGCGGGAAUCUUUCCCCACUCAUUGAUGGCUCGAGGAGACCCAAAGACUGUGAUCGCAGGUCACUUAAUUGGAGCACGUUCGAACCAUGACUACACCCGUCCGGGCGCCUAUCUUUCCCGAAGAAAAAGCGUUGGGAUCAGCGCAAGUAAGACUAAAAUCGCACUAACCUCUCGGGACCGAUUGGUACGGUCUUCAUUCGGCCGAAGACACAACCCUAAAGAAGAAAUGCUUGGCGGCGGUCUCGGUGUAGGUGGCGGCGGAGGUUUCGGGGGAGGCGGAGGUGUAGGUGGGGGCGGAGGUGUAGGUGGGGGCGGAGGUGUAGGUGGGGGCGGAGGUGUAGGUGGGGGCGGAGGUGUAGGUGGGGGCGGAGGUGUAGGUGGGGGCGGAGGUGUAGGUGGGGGCGGAGGUGUAGGUGGGGGCGGAGGUGUAGGUGGGGGCGGAGGUGUAGGUGGGGGCGGAGGUGUCGGAGGCGGUCUCGGUAUCGGCAGCGGCGGAGGUCUCGGUCUCGGUGGGGGUCUCGGGGGCGGUCUGGGAGGCAAUUUGGGGGGUGGUAUAGGGGGCGGUGGUGGAGGUGGUGGAGGUGGUGGAGGUGGAGGAGGUGGAGGAGGUGGUGGAGGUGGAGGAGGUGGUGGAGGUGGUGGAGUUGGAGGUGGAUGGAGUGAGGGUAGUGCUGCAGGAGGUGGGGGUGGUGUGGGAUUCGCAAGCGGUGGAGGUGGGCUACAAGAGGCUUCAAUCAGCGUAGGAAGCGGAGGCGGGGGAGGAACUGGAAGUGGGGCGGCUUACGGCGGCAGUGGCUUGAGCGCCGGCGGUGGUUUCAGUUCCGGCAGCAGUAGCAUCCAAGAAAGUCAAACUUCUGGUUACAGUUAUUCAUCAAGUCAAUCAUCAUCAAUGAAUUAUCAAAGCAUGAGGGAAGCCUGUUCAGGCUUGGUGAACAAGAUCAAAAAGUGCCAGAAUUCCUUGGGCGGAGCGGCCGGAAUUGGCGGGUCGGCGCAAGCAUACUUCGAAGCUUCAAUUCAAGCGAUCCGGGAGUUGGGAGCCGAGAUUCAAGCGGUACUAACCAGUUUCCACACUUGCAGCGAAUGUGCCGGGAGUCAAAUUAAUUUAUUCGGCAGCCCUUUCACUCAAGUCUUCCUCCAGCUAAACCACCUAUUCCACUCAUGUCGAUCCAACUUCCCCAAUCAAUGGACAGUUAUGAUCAAUACCGGACUUUGUAGCGUGGACGAAGUGUUUUCGGUGUUCUUUUCCGCUUGCGAACAGAAGGGCUUGUUACUCAAAGUCUUCAUUCCGAACGAGCUUGGUUCAUUAUUCAACAAAUGUGGGCUACAGAAAGCUUACUCAACCAUGGUCCAAUGUGGUCUUCAAUGA